AGAGCUUUUUCUCCUGUGGCCUCCUUGACAUUAGGUAUCACACAUAAUGUGGGAAAGCUAGCUAUGGCAGAAAACAGUAUUCAACCACACUCAACAUGGCAGGGCACUCGUACGAGUAUCGGACGACAGAAAGCAUCUCUUUGUUAGUGGUGUAGACAACAAUCGUGUAUUUUGAUUGCGAGACUCUUGAAUUUGUGAAAUGUAUCCGUUGCGUCCCAGUUCAACGAGGGGUUUUCUCUGCGAUAGGCAGAAGGGUCCGCCUGGGCUUGGGGACGAGAGACGAGAAGAGCGAAUGGUUGAGCGGCAUUUGAACACGGAUACGAAAAGUGAGGGAUCGGAAUUGCGAGGCCAAAAGGAGGCCGUAUUCCGCCAAAGGUUUGGAUGCUGCUGCAGAGCGCAGAAUUGCGGCCUCCGAUUCAUGCCCUGUCAGACCUGCCUCUGUGCAAUCAAACCCUCAACAACGACAGCAAAAGUGGAGUGGCUCUCUUUCACAUGGGAAAAGAAGAGCACACAGUUCCAGAUUACAGGCAGAGAGCAAGGUAGCUCGGUAUCGGCUCAUGGACGUUUUCAAUCUUUUUCACACAAAUCCUUGCCAUUACGAGACCCGAUACCUGUGGUGGGAAAGAUGCCUGCUGGAGAUGGAAAAAUAAGGGACAUAUGACAGUGCAGGAAAUAGUGUGGAUGAAGAGAUCAACUGAUUCAUACUCAAGGAUUGCUAGGUAUCCCACUCUCAUCCUGUCAGUUUGUGUUGGGGAAGCACAGAAGGUACCUUACCUUUGAAUGAGGUGGGCUGAGGUACAUCCAUUACGUAGCCGCUUGGCAGCAGCUGGCCCGCUCAUCACCCACGUCCUGCAUCUCCAAAAAACUGC